AUGAAUGUUCCUCUGGAGCACGGGAAUAUUCUGAAGCACAAAAACGACCUAAUCCGGUCCAGUGUGGCGAGCGUAAAACGUAUCCACAUUUACGAGUUUGACAAUGCUUUAUUUCGCUCGCCAUUGCCUAAUGCACACUUAUUUAAUGCUGAGUCCAUAGAUCUCAUGACCAAAAACCCAGACCCGCUUUCGAAAUUCAACUGGUUUUCCAGCGUACGCGUAUUAAAGGAGGUGGGGAAAACGCGGGUGGACGAAGUUUCACUCAAUACAGAAGGACUUUGGAACGACAUACUUCGACAACUGAUUAUAGAGUCGAACGCAGACAAAAACACACUCACGAUACUCUCGGUCACACGCAUUCCCGAACUGUUCACGAGCAUGAUCUUGCGACUUCUGAAAACGGCUCAGCUCGAUGAUUGUUUUGACUGUAUUUUGAUGAACGAGGAUCCCAAUUUCCUCGAUCUGAUUGUUUCUGCUACCACGCCUCUGUGCCACGAGCUAGAGGAUAUAACCUUUUACGCGGCCACUAAACAGCUGCAUGUGGACGGUAUUGGCUGCCUGAACAUCGCGGUGCCGUUUGAGUCCUCCUACCUGCUGCCGCAGCUCGAGGUAGCCAUUGUCCAGGAGAUGCUGCUUGGAGAGCCUUUCGAGCUGCGUCGCAGUAUUUUUUCGUCCUACUACAUGCUCAGCCCAGAGUCGCGCCAACAGCUCCUGCGGAGGACCGUUACGGAAGAUUUCAUACCCCUAGAGGACCGUCCGGGGUUGUCUUUUGAAGGCGAGGGAGUGCUUAUAGGAAAGAACCAGCUGUCUCAGAGCAAGUUGGACGAGCUUGGGGGUAUAUCCAAGCCUGUCAUUAUUGGUGCUGUCAGUCUGGGUAGCGUCAAAGGCCGCAUUUAUGCCAUGAGGGUGAUCAUUAACGACGAGAACGCACAGACGUAUUUGCAGCCACCAGUCAUUGUGAUUGCGCGAAAACCAGAUGUGCUGCUUAAGGAGGUAGAGGACAUUGACAACUGGCAAACGACUCGCGAGCUAUUCAGUUUGGAUGCCCGAAUCGAGUACAAGCAGAUAUUCAAGAUCCAGAGCGAGAAAAAAUAG